AUGACUUCCAGUGAAAACAGGGGCUAUCCCGCCACCUUUCCCCCGCAGUUUGAUUACCAAAAGUCCUCCAUUCAGGAUAUCCUCACGACAGGCACACCUUUCAACCAUAACGAGUUAAACGGUCUCUACACAGUGCCAGGAACCAGCAGCGAUACAGGGUCUCCCAUUUUCAGAAACAAGAUUUGUGCCAAGACCCCCAACCAUGCUAUGAUAACCUCUCUCCACCCCGAAUUAACCUCCGUCUACGACUACCUCCGGUCGUCGAUGAAAAAGUAUCUCGCAAACCGGUGUUUUGCUUCCAGGGACUCGCCAGACAGUCCCUACUGGUUCCGAAGCUAUGCGGAGGUGGUCAAGGCCAGCGAAAACUUUGGAGCGGGUUUGAUGUAUUUGAUCCAUGAGAAAUUGCAUUUGAAGGAUCAUCAGCUUCGGCUGAGUACGCUGGACGACUUCGUCUUGGCCAUUUCCCUUCCCAACUCUUACGAGUGGUUUAUCACCGAUUUGGGUUGCAUCCAAUACUCCAUCACCAAUACCUCUCUCUACGACACCUUGAGUCGGGCCCAUAUCGAGUACAUUUUAGGUUUGACCAAGUCACCUGUCAUGGUUUUGUCCCAUGAUAAGAUUUUGCCGAUCUUGACCACGAUCUACGAGAGCAAGCUCGCGUUCAUGAAGAUCUUGGUGGUGAGUGACAGGAAAACGGUCGAUAACGUAUCCUCUUUCUUGCUUCAACUCGCCGACGAUUUGGACAUUUCCGUCUACACCUUUGCUGAACUCAGCCAAAUAGGUGCCGAAAGGCCAGUGGAGCAUAUUGCGCCAGAGCCAAAUUCCAUCUAUACCCUUUCCUUCACCUCCGGGACGGUUGGUAACCCAAAGGGGGUGGUGUUGACUCACCAAAACGCGGUAGCCGGUUUGGUUUCGCUUUUCUCCGCUGCUACAAAACCCAAGCUCGCAAACCCAGACAAAGAAAACUCCAAGGCGUUAUGCGUCUUGCCGUUAUCCCAUGUGUACCAGCGGCUUAUUUGUGUGUUUGAGAUGUGUAUCGGCUCCACUAUCUACCUUCCAUACGACCAAACUGAUGCGAGACAGAUCAUGGCUGACUUGUACGAUAUCAAGCCGACGCAUUUGGUCGGUGUGCCUCGUAUCUUCAGCCGUGUGGAAGCCGGGAUCUCCCACAAGAUCCAGAACCUGGGGUGGGUCACACGGUUCAUCCACGACAGGGCCCUUGCGUAUAAGAAGGAGAGGUUUUUCAAGGAUGAGCAGGUAACUAACCAUUGGUUGUACGAUAAACGCUUCGUUAAAAAGGUCAGGGCUGCCCUCGGCUUAGAAAACUUGCAGCUCUUGGUCACCGGCUCGGCUCUCAUUUUGCCCGACACCAUCAGAAAGUUGCGAUCGUUGCUCAACGCAGAGUUCGUACAGGGGUACGGGUUGACGGAGUCCUUUGCCACCAUUACCAUCUCGUUCAACGAGGACGAAUUUCAGCCCGUCUCUACCGGGUACAUGUGCUGUACCGUGGAAUUCAAGCUUGUGGAUUGUCCUGAGAUUGGGUUUUCGUGGGAAAAGAACCGGGCUGGUCAGAUCUUCCUCAGAGGGCCGCAGAUUGCCCUGGAGUAUUAUAAGGAUCCGGAGAAAACCGCAGAAAACUUUGACUCAGACGGGUGGAUGCGCACAGGCGAUGUGGCGCGUCUAGACUCCGCGGGGAGAAUACAGAUUGUGGAUAGAGUGAAAAACAUGAUCCCCCUUUCCCUGGGGGAGUGUAUCUCGCCGGAACAAGUUGAAAACAUCUACUUGCAGACUUGUCUGGAUUUGCUUUCUCAAAUUUACGUGUACGGAACGUCGACACUGUCCUUUUUGGUCGGGGUUCUCGUGCUCAACGAGGCCGUAUGUUUGGAUCUAUUCCAGGAGAGUUACAUCCCGGCAUUGCAGAGCAUCACAUACAUGGACGAAACCAACCAGAAGGAGCUCAACCUGAGUAUGAAAGUGAAGCAGUUUAUCCUUGCUUACAUUAACAAAAAAGUGAUGGCGUCAAAAAUGGUUGAGGAAUACCAGCAGGUGAAGAAUAUCUACUUAAACAAUAUGGAUAACAACGGAUUCACGGUGGCCAAUGAUUUGUUAACGCCGACAAUGAAAGUCAGGAGACACGACGCGCAGAUCUUUUUUGACAAGAUACUCAAACGGUUGCUCGAAGAGGAUAUUACCGGUUGA